UUAGAUCUCAGUGACAACAGAAUAUCGGGAGGUUUAGAUCACUUGACUGGCUGCACUAAACUAACACAUCUAAGCUUGAGUGGAAACAAGAUUAAGAAUAUGGAUAUCCUGGAUGGUUUAAAAGAUCUUCAGUGCUUGCAGUCUCUGGAUUUAUUCAAUUGUGAGGUGACUAACAUUGAUCAGUAUAGAGAGAAGGUGUUUGCUAAGCUGUCACAGAUUACCUAUCUGGAUGGAUUUGAUAGAGAUGAACAGGAAGAGGCUGAUG